AUGUCAACGAGUAGAUAUCAGAACUCGAUGAAUGAUUUAAUACGUGAGAUUGAAAGUGGCGAACGAUUUUCGAUGUCGUCCGGAGAUGAACGGCGUACGAGUAUAGCCAAUGGAAGUCGUAACGAAGCAGAACAAGGAUCGACACCUCUUUCUUCCACAAUCAUAUCUGCUAUAAAUAACUUGACUAUAGAUGAGAAUUCCGACGAUGGAUUAACUGACGAUGAAAUGAUUUCAUUUGGCGAAGCUGAUUCAUUCCGUAGACCGUCACAGUCCAUGGCAUCAUCGUCGGGUAAUCCAUUGGCAAUAUCUCCUGAAGCAGUAGUCGCUCCAGCCGAAAACUUGCGGACCAUUGUUGUUGAUCGAUCGACAGGGCAAAUUGAAAAUUACCGGCUGCUUAAGUCAGGAGAUUUGAUGACUGAUGAAGAAGUCAUGGAUUUCAUAAUGAAGCCUGUUCCGCAGGGCAAGAAAGUUCUUUGUAAGAUAACAAGAAAAACCGAUGGCAUCGGGAAAUUCUAUCCAUUAUAUCAAUUAUACGUCGAGGAUCCUGUCGAUGAUACCAGAACAUUCAUGCUUUCCGCCCGAAAACGCAAAAAUAGUAAAAGCUCGCACUAUGUCAUUGCUUCUACACGGACAAUAGAUAAUGGUCCAUCUCAAUCUGUGGUUGGAAAAGUAAGGUCCAACUUUCUCGGUACAGCAUUUGCAAUAUAUACAAACGGUCGAAACCCACUAAAACGAGAGCCAGAAUUGGCUCAUCUACCAAUAAGAGAAGAAUUGGGUGCUGUCGUUUACGAUCCGAACAUAUUGGGAUUUAAAGGCCCACGAAAGAUGACUGUUCUCAUGACAAGCAUGACUAAGAACGGAACGAGACCUGAAUUUCGUCCGGAAAGGGAAGAAGAUACGCUAAUUGGGAAAUACAGAAACGGAAACGAUCGAGAUAUUCUGGUGCUUCAUAAUAAAUCACCUCAAUGGAAUGAAGAGACGGAAUCGUAUGUUCUUAAUUUUAAUGGCAGAGUUACUUUGGCGUCAGUGAAGAACUUUCAGAUUGUGCAUGAUAACGAUUUGGAUUAUAUUAUAAUGCAAUUUGGUCGGGUAUCAGAUGAUACAUUUACGAUGGACUUUAUGUAUCCGAUUUGCCCAUUACAGGCAUUCGCCAUUGCCCUGACUAGCUUCGAUGGCAAACUCGCAUGUGAAUAG